AUGAAGAAACAAAACGACAACGCUUUGAUCCUUGCGGCGAAAGUAAUCGAAACAAAAGCCAAAAACUCUAACCUAGUCUUCUCUCCAGCAUCAAUAAACUCGGCGAUUACAAUGCACGCAGCUGGUCCGGAUGGUGACUUAGACGCCGGUGGAAUCCUAUCCUACUUGAGAUCUUCUUCACUCGAUGAGCUCAAAGCCGUUUUCAGCGAAAUCUCCACCGUUGUUUUAGCUAACAAUAGCUCACGUGACAGUCCAAAAAUCAGUGCCGCGAAUGGCCUAUGGAUCGAUAAAUCACUUGCGAUUGAUCCCAAGUACAAGAAACUCUUUGAGAAUUUUUUCAAGGCUUUUUACGCUAAAGUAGAUUUCCGAUCAAAGGUACGUAACCUUUUCUUGAUUUGUAUAGAAGAAGCCAUGCCUAGAGUAUGA